UCAUUACUCAUAGCAAGUUGGCUUCAGACCUCAGGUCCAGCUCACAACCUUAAUAAAGAGCAUCAGUAGUAAACACAACUACACCCUCACUGUCUGCACUGCCAAGGGGGAGCCCAUCCCUCCAGGCCACUGGUUCUUUUUAGGGGACCAGGUGUAUUUUGUGGCCCAGACAGGAGUGCUGCUUGCUGGGGAAAGGCUCUAUGUCGAUGCAUGCUAUGCCACGAGCUCCAAAGACCCAAGCAGCAUGCCUAAAGUGGACAUCAUUACUAACUAUGGCUGCUUGGCCGACAGCAGGAGGGAGACCAGCAGCUCCCGGUUCCUGUCAGGAGGGGGUAGUGUGCUGAAGUUCUCUGUGGAUGCCUUUCUAUUUAAAGGAAUCUCACAAGAGCAGUACCUCCACUGUUCAAUGUCAGUCGGGUUCAGUGCAUCCCCCAGCUCAAAGUCCUGCAGCUACAACGAGGCUUCUGGCAGGUGGGAGAAGCUGGAGGCCACAGCCUCAGUAAGCACCUGCUGCGAUUCCAUGUGCUCAGACAGGCAGGACUGUGAGUUCUUACUGAACAAAUGA